AUCAAAGGGCGUUAGCCAAGGAGGGAGAGCUGCAGACCUGAGAGAAAAGGCUGAUUUGGAAGAUCUCUUAGGACAGUAUUCACUGUCAGAAAGUGAUCAAGAAGAAGAAGGAAGUGAUUCAUCGAACACUGAAGAUUCGUGCUCUGGGAGUCAGUAUUCUCUUGGCAAAUGAGCACUAAACGCAUGAGAAAGCAUCGCGGGCGAAGGAAGUUUUUGACUGCCUUGGAAGAAGACGAUAGCAACUCGUCUGAUAUUGAUUUUUUACCCGAAGAUCAUCGGUUGACUUUUGAUUUACCACCAGACUCGCCUGAUGGUGCAACUCAUGUUGAACAAGACGGAGAAACAGCAGAAUGUUUAUCCAGUCCGCAUCAUUUACAUGAUACAAGCUCGUCAUCUAUGUGUGUUAGUGAUUCCCUGCCGUCAUCUUGUGAAUCGCUGAACAAUUUUUCAAACUCAGAACAAGACUUUGACUCUAGCACUGAAAAAGUUAUUACUAUAUUUAAAAAUUUGCACCUCAAGUAUCCAACAACGACUCUAUCCUUGUUUGAGGAUCUUGCCAGAAGCCUGAAAUCGGUAUUUCCCGAAGAAUUGAAUGAUUUGCCAACUCGAUAUGUUACCAUCUUCGAAACAGAUGUGCAAAGCAAGGGACGCGUUUCAGCAAAUGGUGAAGAAGAGGGUGAUGGCACGAGCUACUACUUUGGAAUAUUGAACUCCAUUCGUGAAGAGGCCUCUCGUAACAUUGACAUCUUGAAAGCAUUGCAGAUAGAAAAGAAGCUGUUGGUCAGCUUUUCAACCGACGGUUUUGAGCCAUUUGAGGGUCCCUUGAAGCAGUGUACGUGCUGGCCACUCCUGGCGGAAAUCCAUUUCAGACUGUUCAAGACCAAGCCAAUUUUGGUAAAGGUGUAUUGUGGUGAAAAGAAGCCCUCCCACACUGACUUUUUUCACGAGUUUUGCUCUGAAUUGUCCAGCCUGAUUGGAAAGACAGUUAAAAUUUGUGAUGUUGACUGUGUAUUCAAGCUCUUCUAUUUGACUGCGGAUACGCCGGCAAGAUCCUUCAUGAAAGGCUGUGUGGGGCACAAUGCUACCAAAGGUUGUGAGCGAUGUGUAGCUCCAGCAUCUCGUUUAAACCACCGAAUGCAUUAUCCCUCCAACACUGACUUUGAAUUGCGUACACACCAAACCUUUGUUUCUCGGGCAGACGAAGACCAUCACAGAUACGACUCAUGCUUUGAAACAGUCGUAUCCAUUGACAUGAUUAACGAUUUUGCUCUGGAUCCCAUGCACCUUCUAGACGAAGGAGUGAUGAAGCGGCUUCUAUUUCACCUUCUAACGGAGGCAAGAGGCGGCCAAAGACUGCAAGCCGAAAAGGUGCGAAUAGUGAACAACCGAAUCGACGAAGUGAUGCCCUUUAUUCCCAGUGACUUUAAUAGAAAGUUAACACCUCUUCGCAAGAUUCACGGCUGGAAAGCCUGUAUGUACAGGCUUAUUGAUACCUACCUCCUGUUAAUCCUCUUCAAGGAUCUUAUCUCCGAAGACACUGAGGAUCUUUUCGUGCGUCUCUUUGUUUCGGUACGCAUUUUAAGGAAUGGAAAGCUAUGUACAAUUCCGGAAAAAGUUGAAGAAGCCCGAAAACUUUUGAAAUCAUUCGUCGAGAAGUUUGAAGAUGUUUUCGGUGAGAGCCACAGGAUUUAUAAUAUUCACACCAUCAUGCAUCUUCCCGACGUCGUGGAUCACAUCAAGAAACCGUUGGAUUACUUUUCUAGCUACAGCACAGAAGAUGCAUUGAGAAUGCUCAAACGGCAUUUAAAAGCUGGCCCAAAUGUGGUUUCCCAAAUCAUCAGGCGCAGGUCUGAAACACUUUCAAUACCUGUUAAUGAGUCUGACUGUCUUGAACAGAAGUUGUAUUUAGAGCCACGUUUUGAAUUUGACAGACAAGGCAUAAUUGUAAAAGUUUGGUUCCGAAAGUUCUUCUUUAAGUUAGAUUCUCUAGGAGACUCUUUUCUCGUGAACGAACGGAAACAAAUUUUCAAAGCAGUAUCUGUAAAUCAUAGGAUAUCUCCGUGUCGUGUGCAUUGCAUUUGUUUAAGUUCUCAUGAACCCUAUUUUAACAAUCAUGUCUGUAACUCUGCAUUCAUUGGAAUGAUGUAUGUAAAAUUUACUGAAGAGACUAAGGAGCUGCCAAUCACAGAGUUCAUUUGUAAAGCCAUGGUUGUUCCAUCUGAAGGAAGACUGGUGAGCCUGCCUCUUCUGCAUACGAUUCCUUAAAAGAACCUAAGCGCUGUUCAAGACGCUGUCUUCGAAGCCAACGUACGCCGAAAUUCAUUCAGUGGGCAUCUCCUGAUAUUUUUGCGCGCCUCUGUUGACAAGCAGCCACCUCUGCAGCCUCAGGCCAAUACAAAAAUCAACACCGCAGCUUCGUGCCAGCGGCAGAGAAAAUGCUGAGAGAGGGACAUUUGCCACAAAACUCUUCAAACCAAAGGGUCUGAGACGAGGACCGAGCCAGCGCCGUCUUCGAAGCCAACGUACGCCGAAAUUCAUUCAGUGGGCAUCUCCUGAUAUUUUUGCGCGCCUCUGUUGACAAGCAGCCACCUCUGCAGCCUCAGGCCAAUACAAAAAUCAACACCGCAGCUUCGUGCCAGCGGCUGAGAAGACUUCACUCAACACGUCUUCAAGUCUGAACCGACAUGCGCAGGCAUAUAUGAUCAUUAUUUUGUGUAAUUUCUAUUUGUAGUAAUUCAUGAAAGGACGGUAUUUAUUGGAAGCCUGAUAAGCAAAUGAUUUAACCAAAAUGAUUCUCAUAUACAUAUAUAGUUUUAAAUAGUCGCGUUCUUCUAUUUAUCAUUAUUUAAUCACUGCAAAAAUCGUUAAGUUUUGUUUUAUUUUCAAAUAUUUUAAGGUAGAAGUGCGCGGUUAAGCGUUGAAUGUUUUUAAUUUAAAAGCAAAAUGAAUAACUGGAUUCAUUGGACACCCAUUUAAUUUAUAUUGAUGCAAUAAAACUUCACUGAAAUAAUACAAUUUAAAAAUA